CUGUAUGGGCCAGGCUGGACUUGAACUCCUGGGCUCAAGCCAUCCUCCUGCCUCGGCCUCUCCAGUAGCUGGGACUAGAGGCACAUGCUCACCACCCCCCAUCCCAUGCCUGGCUCACUUCUUCCUAAAUGGUCAUCAGUGACCUCUGUGCUAACUCUUCCCAGUCCCUGACUUGUCUCUGCAGUUGACCGUGGCCUUGAGCACUCUCCUGUCUCUGCUUCCCUGGGUGUCCUGAGGCCCUUUCCUGGGUGUCCUCUUGCCUCCCUGGUCCUUCCUCAGGCCCAUUCACAGUGCCUCAUCACCUGCUAGUCCGGGCUGUCACCCCUGCACCUCUCCCUAGCAUGCUCCUCCUCUGCGGUGCUUCCUCCAGCUGGGGUCCCACACCUGUCUCCAACCUAGAGCUGGCUGUUCCUGCAUGUCCUGUGGGCAUCUCACACUUAGAACAUCUGAAACACAGCUCAUUGUGGGUCCCGAGACUCACGCGUCUUCCUGCAUCUCUUCUCCUGGGCCCCACUGCCCAAGCCAGAAAUCUGGGUGUCAUCUUCAACUCCUCUCUCCUCCUCCCCUGUCCCGACAAAUCACUCACAGAGCCUGUCAAUCAUGCUUUCUUAAUAGUCUUCACCAGUUUGUGUUGGCUGCUUGACCCUUGCUAGCAUUUAGGUUCACAACCCCUGAUUUACUAUUUGGGCUGAAUUAAGGCCUUUAGAGGCCCUCAGCACUGAUAAUAUUAAGGUCCCAUAAGUAAUUAAAAAUAAAUUAACAUAAUUCUAAAUUAUAAUAUAAAGCUGCAUUUUUAGAAACCAGAAAAUUUAUAUGUGUGCUGAGGCCAUAAAUAGCUUCUUUUUGAUUCUCUCUCAUUUUCUCCUCCUUAAAAUAAUUUUCUUUGAUUCCCCGUUGUGGCUGGUGCCCCAAGCAUGUGCAGUGCCAGUGGGCAAUCCAGGACCAUAUAGAAUGUCAGCUUCCUUCAGUCUGGGCUGGGGCCUUUGACUUUGUGGUCUUUGCAUGUACCCGGUGGGACAAAAUAGGUACUGAGUAAAUGUGUAAUGAAUGUGUGAAUGAAUGCAUGUAUAAUGAGAUGAACUUGAGAGGGCUUGUUUAAGUAAAAAGCACUGUAAGACUAUAAGUUAUUAUUAGUUUUCUGAUGUUUGAUGUCACAGAGUUUCCAAGAUUUUAUAUUUCCAAUAUUUUGAAAACAAUCAGCCCUGCUGUUGUGAUUCGGCCUUCAUGUGCCAGAUUAUAGAGCAUUCAGUGGUUGCACAGGAGACAGGAUUUCUGAAUUAAUAAGUAAAUGAAUUUGUACAAUACAGUGGUUUGCCUGGGUCCCUGUAGCCCUCAGUGAGUCUCUUUAAAGACACUUUCAGCUGUCUGGCCGUGCGUUAUUUAAAGUGGCAACAUAUAGCUGUGGCAGUGAACCUGAGGAAGGGGAUUGUGCUUGUGUCUGGGGGCUUUAGUUUGGAAUUAGGGGACGGGGCUUUAGUUUGGAAUUAGGUGAUUGUGAUGGUCAUGGGGUGUCAUAGAGUAUCUGCUUGCAUGAGAUUUCAGAAGGGAGGAAUAUGGCCAGAAGGCCUAUGUUAGCCAAUGUGACUGGGACUAGUAACAGAACUUUUUGGAAAUGAAGUAUCAGAAAACACUCAGAAGGCAGUGCUUUAACACGUAUAGCCUGACUCAUUGUUACAGGCUUGUGGACAAAGCAUGUGUCAAAACGUCAGCAGGAAAUAUUAAUUAAUUAUAUACACUAAUAGACCUCAAAGUUUAACCUUGUCUUCUGGCAUUGGGAUGGAGAUCUCCCGGAAGACUGGUGAUCUUGGGGAGAGAGAGGAGUAAAUCAAUGGAGGAGCAAGAAAAGAAAGGGCCAAACUGGGAGAGGAACUGUUUCCAUGAGGGACAUUUUGGCAGGCAGAGAUCCCAGAGCUGGAAUUUUUGUCCCCAGUGAAGACCUCUGAUGACCAAUGUUGUUUUCCCUAGAUUUUCCCCCUACAUCUGUUCCACCUGUACCCCACCCGUCCUAUGGGAGGGUCCCCUUUGUUGUUUUUUCCACUUCCUCCAAACUUUUUAUUCUCCAAACUAUCCAGAUUCACCUAUUUUUUUUAACAUUUUCUCCCCACUUGCUUUAUCAUUUGUGUUCUCUCUCUGGUUAAUUUUUUUUUUUUUUUGAACCAUAAAGAGUAAGCUGCCUACAUCAUGGCCCCUACAUAUUCCUAAGAAUAAGGCCCCCCCCUUUUUUUUCCCCCGACAGGGUCUCGCUAUGUUGCCCAGGUUGGUCUUGAACUCCUGGCCUCAAGCAAUCCUCCUGCCUUGGCCUCCCAAAGUUCUUGGACUACUGGCAUGAGUCACUGUGCCUGGCCAGAAUAAGAAUAUUCUUUUACAUAACCUUGAGUACACUGGCCAUUGAUACGGGACACAUGGAAGCUGCCAGCCCACCAGCCAAGGAUCAGCUAAGCCCUGGGGCUGGUGCUUGCCUACAUUGCUGAGAAUGGCACCGAGGCCCAGCCAACAGAGGUGAACCCGGGACACUCCUGGGCAGUGAUCCUGAUGUCUGUUCUGAGCCGCGCACUCCAGGGUGUGAUAAAGGGCAUUGGCAGAGAUGUCAAGCUGGGUGUCCCCUGCCUUCCCAUUCUUGAUGCCGCCCGGAGCUCUCCCACGCCACCCUGCACGUAAAUAGGUAGCCAAAAGGUGGAAGCAACCCAGGUGUCCAUCAGCAGAUGAGUGGAUAAACAAAUGUGAUCUGUACAUGGAAUACGAUUCAGCGUCAAGAAGGAAGGAAAUUCUGACACGCUACAACAUGGAUGAACCUUAAAGGCAUUAUGCUAAGUGAACCAGCCCCAGUCUGCACCAUGGCUUCUGCCGAGCCCUUGACGGCGCUGUCCCGCUGGUACCUGUACGCCAUCCACGGCUACUUCUGCGAGGUGAUGUUCACGGCGGCCUGGGAGUUCGUGGUGAACUUGAACUGGAAGUUCCCGGGGGUCACGAGCGUGUGGGCCCUCUUCAUCUACGGCACCUCCAUCCUCAUCGUGGAGCGCAUGUACCUGCGCCUGCGGGGCCGCUGCCCGCUGCUGCUGCGCUGCCUCAUCUACACGCUCUGGACCUACCUGUGGGAGUUCACCACUGGCUUCAUCCUGCGCCAGUUCAACGCCUGCCCCUGGGACUACUCCCAGUUCGACUUUGACUUCAUGGGCCUCAUCACCCUGGAGUACGCCGUGCCCUGGUUCUGCGGGGCCCUCAUCAUGGAGCAGUUCAUCAUCCGCAACACCCUCCGCCUCCGCUUCGACAAGGACGCAGAGCCGGGGGAGCCCAGCGGCCCCCUGGCCCUGGCCAACGGCCACGUCAAGACCGACUGAGUAGGGAGGCUGGCGGGGGGCCUGGGGCUCUCUCGUGGAACUCAUGGACAAAGAGACCAAGCUGGUGGGGCUGCCCCUCCUGUGCAGCACAAGCCCGGCCUGGGCCUGCCUCAGCUGUGUGGGGCACCCACAGCCCCACGCCCUCCAGAGUGGGCUGGUGCUGGGGGUGGUGGCCAGGUGUUGGGGGAGGAUGUCAAGGCAGCAGAAGGACAUUGGGAAGAGUGAUAGAUCUUGGCCCAGCUCGGAGGCUGGCGGCAGGAGGCCUGUGGCUGACUGGACUACACGGUCGACUGUGGAAGCAGCAGGCCCUGUCCUGGCUAAGGGACGUUGAGCAUGGGGCCAUGGGCGGGAGGCCAGGCCUGACCUUCCUCCCGCUCACCGGGAUUUAGCUGGGCUUUGGCUGGUUCCAUUAGGCAAUAUUCAGGUGCUUGCUUGCAACCAAUACCUCCCUGGGGCCUCUGAGCUGCAGCCUGAGCGAGACUGGGCAGCAGGGAGGCUGCUUGGCAGCAGGGCUGGUCUGCAAGGGCUGGGAGACCGUCCCGUGGCUCCUCCCCACGCUGCUCCCUUGGCCUUUUGGGGGCCCCUGUGGUGCUGGAUUCCCACCAACCUUGGGCUUUUGGAGGUUUCAAUCCCCCUGCGUUCGGUGGCGUUUCCCCUUUUCUCUUGUUUUCAAGGCCUUUACCACUAGCGGCCCUUUGUCCAUGGUGGCCACCACACCCACCCCGUCCCUGAGUCCCUGGCCGACACUGCAGCUGCCAGGCAGGCCCCACCUGUCCCGCAGCCUUUUGUCCACCGCUCCUGCUGGCCUGUUGCCGGGGGCACUCCAGAGAUAUGCCUCCCCACCCCCUCUGGUCCGGUGGGCCCUGCUGAAAACAAAUAACACCCUCCAGUCAAGCUGAGAGGGGCCCGGUGGAUCCACAGUGGGGGCCUAGAGGUAAGACAGCUAAGUGGAGAGGGGCAGAGUCCUAGGUCAUCUAUGCUCUGACUCGUUUAUUUCCUAGCCAACUGGGCAGUCUAAUUUCUAGGGGAUGGAGGAGGCAGCUACUGCGUUGAGACCCUUGGAGAUCGAGUGAGGAAGAAAGGACCCUGCAGCCUUGGAAGGCUCUUGGAGCAUCCUUUGUGGGAAUGGGUCAGUUCUGGCUCUGCCCUAGCCCCCGCUCUGUUGCAGAGCCUUCUCAGGGCUGCCCUCUCCCCGACUCCUCCCAACGAGGCUGGCUCUUUGAGCUUGCUCCUUAAGCAGUAUUAACCCUGCCACACUCUUGGGCCUUGUCAUCUUGGUUGCCCCUCUUGCCCCCAUGACAGGUCCAUUGCUGGCAGUGGACAGGUGAAUCUUCACUCCAGCACACUUCUGGCUUUGCCCCCAACUCUGAGGGGAGGCGUCCAUUGGAAAGUGGCCCAUCCCAUGGUACCUGGUCUCUUCUUGACCACACUAGGAUUCUUAGAUAGAAAUUAGCUUUUCCCUUUUUAUAGGUCAUUAAAAAGUGACAAUACCAUCUGUGGAGAGGAUCUCUUCCUUGCUGGCUGUUCCACCAAGCCCAUGCAGAUAGCUCUGCCGGGGCACAGGCCGGGGCCGGGGUGGGUGGCAGUGGCGUCCUAGGUCAGGAGAAAGACUUGGAGACUCUGCCUUUGGCAGGAUUUUUCUGCAGUUGGCCCUGUCUAGGGAAGAAUGGAGGGCAUUCCCCACCUUUUCCCUGGGUAGGCCCCUCUAAUCCAGGGGUGAACUACAUUCUGCAGGGACCAGCCCUGCCUUUGGUUUCAUUAUGGCCCCAGUUCCCAGGUGUUGGGGGGUACAGGGAAUCGGGCUCCUGGCGGGGGUGGUUUGCUCCCAUUCUAUGAGUGGAGAGGAUUCCAGAGGGAGAAUAUUGUCUGGCUUUCCUGUUCCCUCUGGGCCAUAAUUUCCUUGGUCCCCUCCCUCAAUUUCAUAUUAUCUAGGUGUGUGGACCCCAAGGCCACACUGUCCACCUUCACACUCCCCUUCCACAACUGAAUCCAGUGGCCAGCUUGUUGAUGUCUCCCAGCAUAAGGUCUCCAUAAUUCUCAGCCAGCCAUUUCCACAUUGACCAGGAAGAUUAAAAAAAAAACAAACAAAAAAACAAAAAAAACAUAAUUCUCAGCCAGAGCAAGCCCCCUCGGGUGGCCCACCGGAUUUUGCCGCUCCAGACGUUGCCUUGUGGGCAUUCCCUGGUACCAUUUUCUCUCUGGGCCCUGUAAGCUCCCAAGUGCAGGAGGUCCUGGGGUGAGCCUGUGUGCCUGGCACGUGCAGCAUCGUUUCUGCUACAUCUAGUGCCCCAUUGCUCCUAUUGCCCCUCACAGGGCACUGAGCCCCCAACAACGGGUGGCAACAACCUGUGGCCUGACCACAGGAUCUGCAGGUUCAGAUCUCAUCAGGGGCAUCUCAGACUUCAACUUUCACUUUUUCGGGUAUCUUCAGGCCCCCAAUCCCUUAGUGCCCAGGGACUCAAAAGUUUGGAGUAAUCCCAGCCCUGCUAAGCAGUAGGGGUGCUGGUGGGCUGUCCUUGCGCCUGGUAUCCUGGGCCUCUCUCUGCUGGACAUGGCAGCAUCUCUGAGUUACUGGUUGCAAAGUGCUGCCCUGCAUGGUUGAACCACUUCCAAUGUCUGCUAGGCAUCCCGUCCCCUGUCCCCUCUUUGAUGCCAGUGAGUCACAAUGGCCUAUGCUUAUUCACAGCAAUAAUACCUAAGGUGUGCCCAUGAAGCCCUUUUGUUCUGGUCCCUCGCUCUGAAUGGGUCUCCUGGGGAGGCGGGCAGCUGCUGAGUGGGUCAGUUCAUGAUAACCUGCAUUUGUGAAGCUCUGGGCUGUGCAGACAUCGUCACUGGGGGGUGAAGACAGGUCAGAGGCCCAGCCCUAGACGCGCUAUGGCAGCGAGAGUGCCUUCUACCCUGAGGCCACCCCAGACCUAGAGGAGCUGCAGGCCCUGACUCUGCAAAAGGGCCUUUGAAGCAGAGGUGGCACUGUCUCCCAGCUGGGCAGCUCCUGAGAAGGACACAUGGUCAGUUUGUGCACCCAUUGCCUGCUCUGUGUCUUCGUUGGUCUCUCUGUCUCUUCCUUCUCACAUUCGUGCACAUAAAGAUAUACUGGUGUUUGUGUCCCAGGA